AUUGUUUUAAAGAAAUCCUUUCGAAUUUACAUAAAAGGUGAAAUGCGCUUUACAACAGCUAAUCAACCGUUUUUGUAUUCAGGAAAAAGAACUUUAACAGUGACUGUUUGUCGGUCAAACGGAAACACCGCCCGACAAUUGCACUAUCCGUGUUAAAGUUGCCUAUCGCUACCUAGAGUGCGCCAUUUUGAAAGUGAAAUGCAGCUGUGAGGGAGAAGUAAAGCGGAGGAGAAAAGAGAAAAUCUUAAAGUUAAAUAGAGAAGUCGGGAAGACACCCAAAUAAGUUAUUUUUUUCACUUGCUUUGUAGUUUAAUUCUGAAACGUCUGAAUUCACCCAGGCCCGGAAGUUGUGCGGAGUGAGAAACAGCUCAGCCCGCUUCAUUCCUUCACUGUUCAUCGUUCGGAACCAAACACCAGAGUCGGGUCAGAUUAAGUCCAGGGACGAAACCUGCAGUAAAGUGUUUGAAGCGCGAUAUGGCAGGGUCCAGUGAUGGGAAUGAUGAAGUUCAGUGGUGCUUCUCCCAAGUCAAAGGAACAAUAGAUGAUGAUAUUGCUGAAGCUGACAUCAUUUCUACGGUGGAGUUCAACCACUCUGGGGAGCUACUGGCCACUGGGGACAAAGGAGGCCGAGUUGUCAUCUUUCAACAGAAACCUGAGAGUAAGAAUCUGCCACAGCGCAGAGGAGAAUACAAUGUUUACAGCACGUUCCAGAGUCAUGAACCAGAGUUUGACUACCUGAAAAGCCUUGAGAUUGAGGAGAAGAUCAACAAGAUCCGAUGGCUGCCGCAAAAAAAUGCAGCACAUUUUCUUUUGUCCACAAAUGACAAAACCAUAAAGCUGUGGAAAAUUAGUGAGCGUGACAAGAGGCCAGAGGGCUACAAUCUGAAGGAAGAAGAUGGAAGAUAUAGAAAUGCCAGUUCUGUCACAUCACUGCGGGUACCAGUAUUUAAACCCAUGGACUUGAUGGUUGAAGCCAGCCCCAGACGAGUGUUUGCCAACGCACACACUUACCAUAUCAACUCCAUCUCCGUCAACAGUGACUGUGAAACCUAUCUGUCUGCAGAUGACCUGCGGGUUAAUCUGUGGCAUUGGGAGAUCAAUGAUCGGAGCUUCAAUAUUGUGGAUAUAAAACCUGACAACAUGGAAGAUCUGACAGAGGUAAUCACAGCAGCAGAAUUUCAUCCAAACCAGUGCAACACGUUUGUCUACAGCAGCAGCAAAGGAACCAUUCGUAUGUGUGACAUGAGGACAUCUGCACUCUGUGACAACCAUGCCAAACUGUUUGAAGAGCCAGAGGAUCCAAACAAUCGUUCUUUCUUCUCUGAGAUCAUCUCAUCCAUCUCUGACGUAAAGUUCAGUCACAGUGGACGCUACAUCAUGACCCGUGACUAUUUGUCUGUCAAAAUCUGGGAUCUGAAUAUGGAGAGCAGACCAGUGGAAACAUAUCAGGUGCAUGACUAUUUCAGGAGUAAGUUGUGUUCUCUAUAUGAAAAUGACUGCAUCUUUGACAAGUUUGAGUGCUGUUGGAAUGGAAAUGACAGCGUGGUGAUGACUGGCUCCUACAACAACUUCUUCAGAAUGUUUGAUCGAGGCUAUCGACAGGAUGUUAUAUUAGAGGCAUCACGAGAUAACUGUAAGCCUCGAUCAGUCCUGAAACCGCGUAAAGUAAGCUCAGGUGGGAAGCGCAAAAAAGAUGAAAUCAGCGUAGACAGUCUAGACUUUAACAAGAAAAUCCUGCACACAGCCUGGCAUCCUUUGGACAACAUCAUUGCUGUGGCCACCACCAACAAUCUCUAUAUAUUCCAGGAUAAAGUCAACUAGAAAGUCAACUUAAGGGUUCAGGUCAUAUUUUCAGCUGCCAUUUCUCCAUACACACACUGUUAACAGUGUCUUAUUUGGUCUGAUAUGAAAACUGUAGAGCUAAGAACCAAAUAACUACUCUGUGGUUGAAACUGUAAAUACCAAAUACCUAGCUUUUAGGAGUCUGGUCCUUUUAGGGAGACAUUAUUUUAAAUGGAGAUGUGUGUCGGUCACUAAGGAAGUUGAUACAACUGUGGUGAAUCACUUCAUUUAGUAUGUAACACUGUAACUCCAGUACUUUUAAAUCAGACAAAAAUAAAGACUCUACUUGUUUUUUGAUGUACCGUUAGGACAGUUGUCUUUAGUGCAAGUAUAUUUUUGUAUCUGGUGUUUUUAUCAACGUGCCAAGUGUUCUCCUUCUGUCUUUGUCUCUCUAAACCUGGUCAGACAUGCAAUAAACUGUUUUCAGAAGUC